AUGAAGUUCUCAAUCUCCGCCAUCAGCCUUGCUCUGGCCGUCACUGCCUCUGCAGUCCCCAUCGAAGAAGAGCAACACGCCGAGCGAUCCACCAUCACUGGCUCCGGCCCAGGCUCAAUCUUCCAGUUCGGAUCGGCUUCCAACUGCCGAACCAUCUUCUGGAACUCAGGCGCCUGCGGUCUCAGCACAUUCUUUCCCAACCAGGUCUCCGCCAGCAUGCCUCUAGUUGCGCUUCCUUCUCGCAUCUUUGAGGCACAUGGCUCUUCGGACCAGGACAACCCCCUGUGUGCCAAAGUUAUUACCAUGACGCACAACGGCGUUACUCGACAGGCUGUCAUUUCGGAUGAGAACACCAGUGACGAGCAGUCUAUUGAUAUGUGCUUGGACUUGUGGCAGGCGUUUGGUGGUCACGAUGGCGAUGGCACUCUUAUCGAGAACAUUUCUUGGUCUAUUGCCGCAUAA